GAAGGUCACGCAGCUUGGUCUUCUCUCAAAGCGGCAGCCAAAGGAGGAAGGGGGCACCGCACAGAACACAGGAAGUUGCUGUAUACCGAUUGGGCCAUCUAGCUCAGUAUUCUGGACACUCACUGGCAGCAGCUCUCCAGGAUUUAAGACAGGGAGUCUCUCCCAGCCCAACCCGGAGAUGCCCUUGGGGACUGAACCUGGGAGAUGCUCUACCCACUGAUCCGUGGCCUUUCCCCACUAUUUCUUUUUUUAUUCAGCUUUUUUAAAUACUGCUAAAUUCAGUUCAAGGGGACGUCCUGGCUUUGAACAGAAAAGGACUGAAGUGGUCCAGUGCAGAGCGAGGCGGACUAAUAGUCCUACUCUGCAUAAGGCAGCUUUCUUUCUUCCGAUUUAAACAGCGCUUCAUUUAUAACCAUGAGGACUGGCAUCUUGUUUUAUCUUUAAGGGAAGGGACCACAGCUCAGUUGGGAAAGCACCUGUUUAAGAUGCAAAAGGUGCCCUGGUUCAAUCCCCAACAUCUCUGGGUAGGGCUUGGAACUUCUUCCUUCUGAAACCCUGGAGAUUUGCUGCCAGUCAAGACAAUAGUGAGUUAGAUCUGACUCCAUAUAAUGCAGCAGCUGGUAUAGCACAGCGGGGAGGAGAGCCUGGCUGGGAGUCCAGAGUCUGUGAGUUCAAAUUCCUGCUCCUGUCUCCUGGGUGUCAAGGGCCAGCUAAAGAUCACCCCUACAGGGAGUAGCUCAGGGGUUAUGUGCCUUGCCACCUGUGCAGCUGUGGGCAAGCUGCAUAGUCCCAAGGAGCCUCGUUGCCCCCCAGCUGGCAGUGGUGGAUAAGGAAGGGGCUGGCUUGUGCAGCUGUGGCAAGCUGAGCAGGCCCUAGCCAGCUGGGGAGGACUAGCCUCAGGGAGGCAAUGGUAACGCCCCCUCUGAAUACCGCUUACCAUGAAAUCCCUAUUCAUAUGGUAGCCAUAAGUCGGGAUCGACUUGAAGGCAGUCCAUUUCCAUUUUGCCUUACGACAGGAUUCUGGCAGGAGAGGGAAGAGAUUCUUCAGCAACAACUAAAGACAGAAGACUCACCUGGCCUGAAAGGUAGAGAAGUCCCUGACACCAUUCAGGGUAGAAACUCUGAAGAACACAGGGGUGGAACUAUGAAGUUGAUUCUCAGUGUGGACACCCUCAAUUGUGCUGUGCAGUGCCACCCUUUCAGGCAGUUCUGCUACCAGGAGGCUGAGGGACCCCGAAAGGUUUGCAGUCGACUCCACCAUCUCUGCCGUCAGUGGCUGAAGCCAGACACACGCACAAAGAUUCAGAUCCUCGACCUGGUGGUCCUGGAGCAGUUCCUGGCUGUCCUUCCCCCGGAGAUGGAGAGCUGGGUCAGAGAAUGUGGAGCGGAGACCAGUUCUUAGGCAGUGGCCCUGGCAGAAGUCUUCCUCUUCAGCCAGCAAGGGGUCAAGAAGCAGACAGAGGAUAAGGAGCUGAGCAAGUUUGCAGAAGCAGCCACUGACAUCCCUGAGGCAGAGGAGGCUCCAUGGAGGCCGGAAAUAUCAUCUCUUCCUUGUGGUGGAAUGGAAGCGGCUUCUGUGCAACUGGAUCAGGCAAGAGGGAAUGAUCACUUUGGAGUCAACAAGCAUAUAGAUAGAGGUGACCUUCAAGGAGGUGGCUGUGCAUUUCGCGGAGGAGGAGUGGGCCCUGCUGGAUCCAGACCAAAGAGACUUGCACAGGGUAGUCAUGGAGGAGACCUGGGGGAUCCUGGCCUCUCUGGGAGAUGAUAGGCAGGUGACUAAGACUGAUGGAGAUCCGCGUAGGGUGUCGUCAGAAACAUCCAGAUGGAAAGCUGGAGAAGAGCAGAGUACAAAACCUGCAGCAAGACAAAUGAGAAGAAAUGAACCCUCUGCUUCUUGUGAUGGUGACAUCUAUGAAAUCCCAGACCGAGAAAAAAUAGACAAGGGAAAGGAAAGGAAUCAGUGCUUCCUGUGUGGGAGAAAUUUCCGUUGGAAGUCGAGACUUAAAGUUCAUUUGAAAAUCCACACAGGGGAGAAGCCAUUUCAGUGUUUGCAGUGUGGAAAAAGCUUUGGGCAGAAGAUAAAUCUUGCUACGCAUCAAAAGACGCACAGAGGAGUGAAACCGUAUACAUGCCUGGAGUGCGGAAAGAGUUUUACUGAUGAGACACAUCUUACUGCACAUCAGGUCAAUCAUACAAGAGAAAGACCUUAUAAAUGCUUUGAGUGUGGGAAAAGCUUCACUCAUAAGUCGCACCUCACUAGACACCAAAGAAUCCACACAGGAGAGAAACCAUACAAGUGCUUGGAGUGUGGAAGGAGCUUCACUCAGAAGGCACAUGUCACUACACAUCAGAGAAUCCACACAAUGGAUAAAAGUUAGAGCUGCAGAGGAAUGUAUAAUUGCCUUCCAUCCCAAUGCAAUCCUGGGGUCGCACCUGGCGUGUCUGAUGGUGAAUCUGCUGAAACACCAGACAGAUGGAGGUGCUAUUGGUUGGGGUACUGGUGAGCCUGGGGGGGAGAGUAAGUGUCCAUUCUCUUUUAGGCAAGAGUUGCUCUUCCUCUCACGUAGCAGGUCUAAAGCCUAGCAUUGCUCCUCUGUGGUCUGUUCCCAUUCUCAGGGCCGGCUCCAGGCAUGCGGGGGCCCUUGGGCAUCAGCUUGCCCUGGCCCCCCAGUGUGUGUGAGUGCGCGAGCGCUCCCCGCCACGGCCCCCGUACCUGUCUAGUCUUUACCAUUGCCCUUAAUGAAGAUGGCGGCUGUGGUUUC